GAUCCUGCUGGGAUUUUCGAGCUGGUGGAAGUGGUUGGAAAUGGCACCUACGGACAAGUCUAUAAGGGUCGACAUGUCAAAACGGGUCAGCUGGCGGCCAUCAAAGUUAUGGAUGUCACCGAGGAUGAAGAGGAAGAAAUCAAACUGGAGAUAAAUAUGCUGAAGAAAUACUCUCAUCACAGAAAUAUAGCAACAUACUAUGGUGCUUUUAUUAAAAAGAGCCCUCCAGGACAUGACGACCAGCUCUGGCUUGUGAUGGAGUUCUGCGGGGCCGGGUCCAUCACAGACCUUGUGAAGAACACCAAGGGGAACACCCUCAAAGAAGACUGGAUCGCUUACAUCUCCAGGGAGAUCCUGAGGGGCCUGGCACACCUUCACAUCCACCACGUGAUACACCGCGACAUCAAGGGCCAGAACGUGCUGCUGACGGAGAACGCAGAGGUGAAACUCGUUGAUUUUGGUGUGAGUGCGCAGUUGGACAGGACCGUGGGGCGGAGGAAUACGUUCAUAGGCACUCCCUACUGGAUGGCUCCUGAGGUCAUUGCCUGCGACGAGAACCCGGACGCCACCUACGACUACAGAAGUGACCUUUGGUCUUGUGGCAUUACUGCCAUCGAGAUGGCAGAAGGUGCUCCCCCUCUCUGUGACAUGCAUCCAAUGAGAGCACUGUUUCUCAUCCCCAGAAACCCUCCUCCCCGGCUGAAGUCAAAAAAAUGGUCAAAGAAAUUUUUUAGUUUUAUAGAAGGGUGUCUGGUGAAGAAUUACAUGCAGCGGCCCUCCACAGAACAGCUUUUGAAACAUCCUUUCAUAAGGGAUCAGCCAAACGAAAGGCAAGUUAGAAUCCAGCUUAAGGAUCAUAUAGACCGGACCAGAAAGAAGAGAGGAGAGAAAGAUGAAACGGAGUAUGAGUACAGUGGGAGUGAGGAGGAGGAGGAGGAAGUGCCUGAACAGGAAGGAGAGCCAAGCUCCAUUGUCAACGUGCCUGGGGAGUCCACGCUGCGUCGGGAUUUCCUGAGGCUGCAGCAGGAGAACAAGGAGCGUUCGGAGGCUCUUCGCAGACAACAGCUCCUGCAGGAACAGCAGCUCCGGGAGCAGGAAGAGUAUAAAAGGCAGCUGCUGGCGGAGAGGCAGAAGCGGAUCGAGCAGCAGAAAGAGCAGAGGCGGCGGCUAGAAGAGCAACAAAGGAGAGAGCGGGAAGCCAGAAGGCAGCAAGAACGUGAGCAGCGAAGGAGAGAACAAGAAGAAAAGCGACGUCUGGAGGAACUGGAGAGGAGGCGUAAAGAGGAGGAAGAGAGGAGACGGGCAGAAGAAGAAAAGAGGAGGGUGGAGAGAGAACAGGAGUAUAUCAGGCGACAGCUAGAAGAGGAGCAGCGGCACUUGGAAAUCCUUCAGCAGCAGCUGCUCCAGGAGCAGGCCAUGUUACUGGAGUGCCGAUGGCGGGAGAUGGUGGAGCACCGGCAGGCAGAGAGGCUCCAGAGGCAGUUGCAACAAGAACAAGCAUAUCUCCUGUCUCUACAGCAUGACCACAGGAGGCCGCACCCGCAGCACCCGCAGCCCCCGCAGCCCCCGCCGCAGCAGGAAAGGAGCAAGCCCAGCUACCACGCUCCCGAGCCCAGAGCCCACUACGAGCCUGCUGACAGAGCUCGCGAGGUGGAAGAUAGAUUUAGGAAAACUAACCACAGCUCCCCCGAAGCCCAGUCUAAGCAGACAGGCAGAGUAUUGGAGCCACCAGUGCCUUCCCGAUCAGAGUCUUUUUCCAAUGGCAACUCCGAGUCUGUGCAUCCUGCCCUGCAGAGACCAGCGGAGCCACAGGUACAGUGGUCCCACCUGGCAUCUCUCAAGAACAAUGUUUCCCCUGUCUCGCGAUCCCAUUCCUUCAGUGACCCUUCUCCUCCCAAAUUUGCACAGCACCAUCUUCGUUCUCAGGACCCAUGUCCACCUUCCCGCAGUGAGGGGCUCACUCAGAGCUCUGACUCUAAGUCGGAGCUGCCUGACCCCACCCAAAAGGCUUGGUCUAGAUCAGACAGUGACGAGGUGCCUCCAAGGGUUCCUGUGAGAACAACGUCACGUUCCCCGGUUUUGUCCCGUCGGGAUUCCCCACUGCAGGGCAGUGGUCAGCAAAACAGCCAAGCAGGACAGAGAAACUCCACCAGCAGUAUUGAGCCCAGACUGCUGUGGGAGAGAGUGGAGAAGCUGGUGCCCAGGCCUGACAGUGGCAGCUCCUCGGGCUCCAGCAACUCGGGUUCCCAGCCCGGGUCCCACCCUGGGUCUCAGAGCGGCUCCGGAGAACGCUUCAGAAUGAGAUCAUCAUCUAAGUCAGAAGGCUCCCCCUCUCAGCGCCUUGAGAACGCAGCAAAGAAACCUGAGGACAAAAAAGAAGUUUUUAGACCACUCAAGCCUGCUGGUGAAGUGGACUUGACCGCGCUGGCCAAGGAGCUUCGAGCUGUGGAAGACGUGCGACCGCCUCACAAAGUGACGGACUACUCCUCCUCCAGCGAGGAGUCCGGGACGACGGACGAGGAGGACGAUGACGUGGAACAGGAAGGGGCCGACGAGUCCACCUCCGGACCCGAGGACACCCGAGCAGCGUCGUCUCUAAAUUUGAGCAAUGGCGAGACGGAGUCUGUGAAGACCAUGAUUGUCCAUGACGAUGUAGAAAGUGAGCCGGCCAUGACCCCGUCCAAGGAGGGCACCCUGAUCGUCCGCCAGAGUACAGUUGACCAAAAGCGUGCCAGCCAUCAUGAGAGCAAUGGCUUUGCCGGUCGCAUUCACCUCUUGCCAGAUCUCUUACAGCAAAGCCAUUCCUCCUCCACUUCCUCCACCUCCUCCUCCCCAUCCUCCAGCCAGCCGACACCCACCAUGUCCCCACAGACACCCCAGGACAAGCUCACUGCUAAUGAGACUCAGUCCGCUAGUAGCACACUCCAGAAACACAAAUCUUCCUCCUCCUUUACACCUUUUAUAGACCCCCGAUUACUACAGAUUUCUCCAUCUAGCGGGACCACAGUGACUUCCGUGGUGGGAUUUUCCUGCGAUGGAAUGAGACCAGAAGCCAUAAGGCAAGAUCCCACCCGGAAGGGCUCGGUGGUCAAUGUGAAUCCCACCAACACUCGGCCACAGAGCGACACCCCUGAGAUUCGCAAAUAUAAGAAGAGGUUUAACUCCGAGAUCCUGUGUGCUGCCUUAUGGGGGGUGAAUUUGCUGGUGGGAACAGAGAGUGGCCUGAUGCUGCUGGACAGGAGUGGCCAAGGGAAGGUCUACCCCCUGAUCAACCGAAGGCGGUUUCAGCAGAUGGACGUGCUUGAGGGCCUCAACGUCUUGGUGACGAUAUCUGGCAAAAAGGAUAAGUUACGUGUCUACUAUUUAUCCUGGUUAAGAAAUAAAAUACUUCACAACGAUCCAGAGGUUGAGAAGAAACAGGGGUGGACGACCGUGGGGGAUUUGGAAGGCUGUGUACACUAUAAAGUUGUAAAAUAUGAAAGAAUCAAGUUUCUGGUAAUUGCGUUGAAGAGUUCUGUGGAAGUCUAUGCGUGGGCACCCAAGCCAUAUCACAAAUUCAUGGCCUUUAAGUCAUUUGGAGAAUUGGUACAUAAGCCAUUACUGGUGGAUCUCACUGUUGAGGAGGGCCAGAGGUUGAAAGUGAUCUAUGGGUCCUGUGCUGGAUUCCAUGCUGUUGAUGUGGAUUCAGGAUCAGUCUAUGACAUUUAUCUACCAACACACGUAAGAAAGAACCCACACUCUAUGAUCCAGUGUAGCAUCAAACCCCACGCGAUCAUCAUCCUCCCCAACACAGAUGGCAUGGAGCUCCUGGUGUGCUACGAGGACGAGGGGGUCUAUGUGAACACGUAUGGGAGGAUCACCAAGGACGUGGUCCUGCAGUGGGGGGAGAUGCCAACGUCUGUAGCAUAUAUUCGAUCCAACCAGACAAUGGGCUGGGGAGAGAAGGCCAUCGAGAUCCGCUCUGUGGAAACCGGUCACUUGGAUGGUGUGUUUAUGCACAAGAGGGCGCAGAGACUAAAGUUCUUGUGUGAACGCAACGACAAGGUGUUCUUCGCCUCUGUUCGGUCUGGCGGCAGCAGUCAGGUUUACUUCAUGACCUUGGGCAGGACUUCUCUGCUGAGCUGGUAAAGGCAGCGCGAUCCGGGGAUUUGCUGGCCUCCAGAGUCUUCAAGAUCCUGAGAACUUGGAAUUCCUUGCAACUGGAGCUCAGAGCUGCACGGCGCAGCAGGACAGCUGUGUGCAGACCUCACGUGUGGGGUUCCCUCCCUCCCUCCCCUCCUCUUUACCAGUUUAUCCCCAUUCUCUUCUUUCCCUUACUCAAAAAUAAAUCAAGGCUGCAAUGCAGCUGGUGCUGUUCAGAUUCUACCAUCAGGUGCUAUAAGUGUUUGGGAUUGAGCGUCAGAGCGGAAAGCAAACACCUUUCCUGCAGCUCCAGAAUUCCUUGUCUCUGAGCGGCUCUGUUUGUGGUGUCUGAGCACGGCAGGGUGCACGUGCGGCCGGCGGCGUUGGCAGUGGGCACGAGCAGGUGGCAGUGGUGGUAUGAGGAGCAGUUUGCCGAAGCAGAGAGCAGAUUUACUAUAGUAACAUUAACAGUGUAUUUAAUUGACAUUUCUUUUUUGUAAUGUGACAAUAUGUGGACAAAGAAGAAGGUGCAGGUUUAAGAAGUUAAUAUUUAUAAAAUGUGAAAGACACAGUUACUAGGAUAACUUUUUUGUGGGUGGGGCUUGGGAGGCCGGGUGGGAGGGCUAAGGGGUCUCGUUUUGUUUCUUUUGAUUUGGGGCGUGGGGUGGGGUCCUGGCCAAGAACUCAGUCAUUUUUCUGUGUACCAGGUUUUGCCUAAAUCAUGUGCAGAUGGUUCUUAAAAAAAAAAAGAAAAAAAAAGAAAAAAAGAAAAAGAAAAUGUGUGCGUUUUGUAUAAUGGCCAGAACUUUGUUGUGUGACAGUAUUAGCACUGCCUCAGUUAAAGGUUUAAUUUUUGUUUAAACCUAGAAGUGCAACAACAGUUUUACCACGGUCUGCAUUUGCAGAAGGAAAAAAAAAUUCAAACCAUGUUUAUUUUUUGCCUACCUCAUUGUUUUUAAUGCAUUGAGAGGUGAUUUAGUUUAUAUGUUUUUGGAGAAAACCAGUAAUGUUUAAUUUAAUCUUAAUACCAAAACUAUCCGAUCGAAGUUUGACUGUUAUUUUGUCACAAGUCUCAGCAGGCACAAGAAAACUGUCUAAGAAGAUGGAAGCCGCCUUCCAGCUGAUGCAGUUUGCUCUCUUAAGUUGAGAAAGCAGAAUGCUUCGUGGUCACCGGGUGCACCAGCGGGCACCGGGGUGGCGAUGGCCUACAACACGCAGGGUCUCAUUGCUCUCGAUUCGCUGUUGGUAGCAGACAGGUGGUCAGGUAGAAUAGUCACACAAACUGUUCAGUGUUGCAGGAACCUUUUCUGGGGGUUGGGGGUGUUGCCCUUUUCUAAAAAUGCAAUGCACUAAAACUAUUUUAAGAAUGUAGUUAAUUCUGCUUCUUCAUGAAGACGGCAUCUUCCUGUGUUUUAGGUGUAAUAUCAAAGCCCCGGCUUUCCUUGUUUUCUCACUUACUCUCUCGUUCUCUGUUUUUUGAACCAGUUUUCCUUUAUGACUCUGUUCAUGACAUUUGUAAUAAAUGUCUUGAGUAAUAAUCUGUUUCAUGGCUUCAUGGUCAUCACUCGAUUCCGCUCAGACGAGCGUCCUGGUCCAGGAGCGGGGCUCGUCGGCUGUGCCUUUCCUUUGUUGGUGCUGAGUGGGAGUGUUGGGUAGGGGCUGCUUCUGACUCCACUCACCAAACAGCAGCAUGGUGUCUUAGAGGCUGACUCUUCCUCUCCUGCAGUUCGGUUUCUGUAACAGCAUGAAAACGAGGGCUUGUGCUCUGUUUCCCCCAAAACGGAGCCGUCAUGCACCCCCACUUGCAAGGUGUUGCCAACCUCCCCGUGCCCUUCAGCCUGUGUUCUGACUGCUCUUAUUCUCUUCUUCCUGGCUCAGUGUUUUUGCCAAAACCUGCUGUCCUUUGAACUAUACGAACCUAGUAAAACAAUAAAUUAAAAAUACAUAUACUCACACAGCCGGCUGUGCACGCCCACAGAGACAACUGGAGAAAGCGAGACUUUCUUUUGCCAGGGAGGUGAAAGUGGGUUUUCCAUCUGUAUGACUUGGAGUACGCUUAUGGCUAGAACAGACUGAACCAGCUCUUUCCAGAGAAGGUGGGAGAGUUAAUCCCUCCUUUGAAAGGGACUCGAGCUAGGCCAAUUCCAUUGCCACAGGACCUGAGUCAGAGUCAGGCUCCUACUGGCUAUUUCCUGUCCACGUUUAAGCUUUUGUAAGAUGCAGCCUGUCACAGCAAGCAUGUGUGUGUGUGCGUGUGUAUGCCCACACGUGUGCAAGAGGGCAAACAGUGGCCAGGUAGUCAUGGCGCCUUCCCUGGCCGUAGAGCAGUGGAAGGGGGGGUGGGGUGAGGGUCUUCUAGGGGACACUACACACCUGGGAGACUACACACCCAGUGCCUGUAAGGAAGAAGCAGGUGACCGAGGGUACGUCCUCACAGCUCCCCAGACCUGAGCCCAGCGUGAGCCCCGCGGCGUUUGCCCAUAACACCGGUGGCGUGUCGUCAGAAUCACUCGGUAUUCAGCACUUUCCUGAAGAGGGUGUGUGAGUGGCAUCUGAGCCCCAGUCGUGUGAUUCCUGUCGGGCCAGGCACCUCAUGCCCCUCUCCUGGUGUUUCGAGUGGGACUGAAGCCGCUGCUGGGCUUCCUCGGUGGAAGUCAGCAUCUGGCCUGGGGGGUUCCUGAUGUGCACCUCACUGGGUUGUCCUCCUCCCAUCCCCUCUUGGCACUGUCACCUCUUAAACCUGAUGGAAUUGCUCCGGAUCGAGGCUGGUGUCUGGUGAGAUUUCUCCAUAAGAUGCUGUGAGCUGCUGACAUUUCAGAUACAUUUGGGAAGAGAUGAUUGUUCCUGUCUGCGGGGCCGUGACCUCUCUGCAGACCUGCCGACAGUGGCAGAACCACAGAAGCAGCCAGCAUCACAGUGACACCAUGAUGUUUGGAGUGUCAGACUCAGCAGUGCCCUUCGAAAUGCAACACCAGUAGGCCUCUGGCUGGAGUCAAAGCUUUAAUUAAGUCAUACCUUUCUGUAUUUAAAGCAGAGUAACUUCUGUGUUGAGCGCAGUGUUUUUACUUUUUUUCUCUUGCACAUGUUAUGUUGGAGAAAAUGUUUACAAAAAUGGUUUUGUUACACUAAUGUGCAUCCCAUAUUUAUGGUUUUUAAGUGACCUGUUAUGGGGGAUGUAGAUUUUCGUCUUAGUUCCAGCACACUUACUGGUCAUUCAUAAUCCUUAGUUUUGCCAAUUAUAAAUUUGCUAAACAGUAAUACAGUUGACAACCUGCGUUAAAUUUACUAAUCAGUGCUGCAGAGCAGACUGGUGGCGAGUCCACAGCCCUCUUUUCCCCCAAGUACUAACUUGUCUACUGUGUAUUAUGAAAAUUACUGUUGUGCCCCUGGCCCCUUUUUUCCCCUUAAAUAAAGUAAAAGUGACGCUU